CGGCGGCGGCGGCAGGAGCCCGCGCCCGGCCCGGCGCCCGCCCGCCCGCCCCGUGCAGCUCCGCGGCGCCUGCUCUGCACCCGCCGCUCGGCGGAGCCGGAGCCUCGGGCCUCGGCGCGGCUGCGGCGAGCUGCCCUGCGCUCGGCCCGGCCCCCGCCUUAGGGAUGGCAAACUUGCGCCCCGCGGCCGCCUCCACCAGUGCCGGCCCCCGCUCCUGCUGCUGACGGCGCCCAGGGCAAGGGACAUAGGAUGACCCCAGCCUGUCCCCUCUUACUGUCUGUGAUUCUGUCCCUGCGCCUGGCCACGGCCUUCGACCCCGCCCCCAGUGCCUGCUCCGCCCUGGCCUCGGGUGUGCUCUACGGGGCCUUCUCGCUGCAGGACCUCUUUCCUACCAUCGCCUCGGGCUGCUCCUGGACCCUGGAGAACCCUGACCCCACCAAGUACUCCCUCUACCUGCGCUUCAACCGACAGGAGCAGGUGUGCACCCACUUUGCUCCCCGCCUGCUGCCCCUGGACCACUACCUGGUCAACUUUACCUGCCUGCGGCCCGGUCCGGAGGAAGCAGCAGCCCAGGCAGAAUCAGAGGUGGGGCGGCCAGAGGAGGAGGAGGAGGCAGCGACCGGGUUGGAGCUGUGUGGUGGCUCCGGCCCCUUUACCUUCCUGCACUUCGACAAGAACUUUGUGCAGCUGUGCCUGUCGGCCGAGCCCUCUGAGGCCCCACGCCUGCUGGCGCCUGCUGCCCUAGCCUUCCGCUUUGUGGAGGUUUUGCUCAUCAACAACAACAACUCCAGCCAGUUCACCUGUGGCGUGCUCUGCCGCUGGAGUGAAGAGUGUGGCCGGGCUGCAGGCAGGGCUUGUGGCUUCGCUCAGCCGGGGUGCAGCUGCCCUGGGGAGGCUGGGGCCAGCCCUGCCACCACCACCACACCUCCGGGGCCUCCAGCCGCCCACACCUUAUCCAAUGCCCUGGUGCCUGGGGGCCCGGCCCCACCUGCUGAGGCUGACUUGCACUCCGGGAGCAGCAAUGACCUGUUCACCACGGAGAUGAGAUAUGCUUCUAGUCCCAGCUCCCCUCUGCCAGCUGGACCUUCUACGCCUGCUGACCAGUCUGCUAGGGAGGACACCAACCUGCUCUACCCAGUCCUGAGUGAGGAAGCUUUCUCCCUUAGUGCACAAGUUCAGCGCUUCUGUGUUGGCCAGUCUGUUCUGGUGGCAGGAAAUGGGGCCUCGCCUGCUUCCUUGAGGCUCCCCUGGGAGGAAAGGCUUGCUGGGUGUCUGAUUGCCUCUUUUCUCCCCUGCCCCAGCUGCUGGCUUUCCCUGGAGGGUGGCCUGCUCUACGCCUUUGUGGGUCCAGCUGCAGUCAUUGUCCUGGUGAACAUGCUCAUCGGAAUCAUCGUCUUCAACAAGCUCAUGGCUCGAGAUGGCGUGCCAGACAAAUCUAAGAAGCAGAGGGCCGGGGCCUCACUCUGGAGUUCCUGCGUGGUCCUGCCUCUCCUGGCGCUUACCUGGAUGUCUGCUGUCCUGGCCAUGACAGACCGCCGCUCGCUCCUCUUCCAGGCACUCUUUGCUGUCUUCAACUCUGCACAGGGCUUCGUCAUCACCGCUGUGCACUGCUUCCUGCGCCGAGAGGUCCAGGACGUGGUCAAGUGCCAGAUGGGUGUGUGUCGGGCUGAUGAGAGUGAAGACUCCCCUGACUCAUGCAAGAACGGGCAGCUGCAGAUCUUGUCAGACUUUGAAAAGGAUGUGGACCUGGCUUGUCAGACAGUGCUGUUCAAGGAGGUCAACACUUGCAAUCCGUCCACUAUCACUGGCACUCUGUCACGCCUGUCCCUGGAUGAGGAUGAGGAGCCCAAGUCUUGUCUCGUGGGUCCCGAGGGUGGCCUCAGCUUCUCACCGCUGCCUGGGAACAUCCUAGUGCCCAUGGCAGCCUCACCAGGUCUAGGGGAGCCACCACCACCCCAAGAGACCAACCCUGUAUACAUGUGCGGGGAGGGUGGUCUACGGCAGUUGGACCUUACGUGGCUACGGCCGAGCGAGCCAGGCUCUGAGGGGGACUACAUGGUGCUGCCCCGGCGGACUUUGAGCCUGCAGCCUGGUGGUGGGGGCACAGGGGGUGAGGAGGCCCCAAGGGCCCGGCCUGAGGGGACCCCCCGGCGGGCUGCCAAGACACUGGCCCACACUGAAGGCUACCCCAGCUUCCUGUCUGUGGAGCACUCAGGUCUAGGGCUGGGCCCUGCCUAUGGGUCUCUCCAGAACCCAUAUGGGAUGACCUUCCAACCACCGCCACCAACACCCAGCGCCCGCCAAGUACCCGAGCCAGGGGAACGCAGCCGGACCAUGCCCCGUACUGUGCCUGGCUCCACCAUGAAGCUGGGCUCCCUUGAGCGAAAGAAGCUUCGGUAUUCAGAUUUGGACUUUGAGAAGGUGAUGCACACCCGGAAACGGCACUCGGAACUCUACCAUGAACUCAACCAGAAGUUCCACACUUUUGACCGCUACCGUAGCCAGUCCUCAGCCAAGGAGAAACCCAGUCCCGGGGAACGCCCUGGCCUGUCCCAGCACAGGAGACAUCAAAGCUGGAGCACCUUCAAAUCUAUGACACUGGGCUCACUGCCCCCCAAGCCCCGAGAACGGCUGGCCCUGCACCGGGCAGCAGCCUGGGAGCCCACAGAACCGCCAGACGGCGACUUCCAGACAGAGGUGUGAGUGCCAUGCCGGACUGCCCACUGCACAGAAAUAUAUAUCUAUUUUCACACUCCACUUUGGAACUACCAGGAGCCAGCGCCCCUCCCCCUCCCGAGGCUGGGCAGGAGGUGCAGAGGACUCAGCCUGGCUGGGGGCAGCCAGACUGGCAGGACCUGGGGGGCCAGGGCCCCUCUUUGUUCUCAGAGGUCCCUCAGCCACCCACUGGAGCCUCUUCUUUGCCCCAGCCUGUCUGUCCCUGUCCUGGGCUGGGGAGGGGGGAGGGAAACUUUGUUGGGAAUAAACUUCACUCUGUGGAU